AUGAACCAGUCAACGAAAAUAGAGUUCAUUUUGCUUGGACUGACAGAUGAUCCUGUGUUGCAAAUUGUGAUUUUCCUGUUUCUGUUUUUCAACUACACCUUGAGCCUGAUGGGAAACUUAAUUAUCAUUCUCCUCACCAUAAUGGAUCCCCAUCUCAAGACUCCAAUGUAUUUCUUCCUCCGAAAUUUCUCCUUAGAGAUUUCAUUCACAACUGUCUGCAUUCCACGAUUCUUAACAAGCAUUUUUACUGGAGACAAAACAAUCUCCUACAAUGGUUGUGCCACUCAAUUAUUUUUUUUUCUUUUAUUAGGAGUUACAGAAUUUUACCUUCUGGCUGCCAUGUCCUAUGACCGCUAUGCUGCCAUCUGCAAACCACUGCAUUACUCCACCAUCAUGAACAGCAAAGUGUGCUCUCAGCUAGUCGUCAGCUCUUGGGUAACUGGAUUCCUAAUCAUAUUUCCCCCUUUGGUCUUGGGACUCAAGCUCGAUUUCUGUGAUUCCAAAACUAUUGAUCACUUCCUCUGUGACUCUUCUCCUAUACUGCAGAUCUCUUGCACAGAUACACAGGUUAUAGAAUUGAUGGCCUUCGUCUUAGCUGUGGUGACACUUGUCAUCACUUUGUUGUUAGUGGUCCUUUCCUACAUAUACAUCAUCAAAACCAUUCUAAAAUUCCCUUCUGUUCACCAACGAACAAAGGCCUUCUCCACCUGUUCCUCACACAUGGUGGUCAUCUCUAUUACUUAUGGGAGUUGCAUCUUUAUGUAUGUGAAACCUUCAGCAAAGGAAAGGAUGACUUUAACUAAAGGUGUAGCUGUGCUCAAUACCUCUGUUGCUCCAUUACUAAACCCCUUCAUUUACACUCUAAGGAACCAGCAGGUGAAAGCAGCUCUCGAGGAUAUGCUUCAAAGGUUUUGCCAAUUUGAAUCAAAGACAAAAUUAGGAUGUAGUAUGUUGUUGAAACAUGAAUGA